GUAUCACCAGGCUUUGCUCCGAGAACCUGAUAGAGAAGCACUGGCCAGGAAGGUUUCCUUGUCCCUGUUGGAGAAGUGGGAUCUGUGCAUAGAGACCCUGAGGCGCUCUGGGAACAAACUCCAGACUCCAGGGAUGGAUGGGGUCUCCUCAAGGAGCCGAGCUACUGAUCAGUGUGCAGCCAUGGAAUCUGGGCCAUUGGCAGAAGGAAGCUACCUGGGGCUGCUCCAAAGUGACAUUAACCCCCUACAACUUUUCCACUUUUAUGACCAGCCCCACACAGCAGAAGAAGAGAUUGAGUACUCUUCAGAUCCUGAUACUGACACAAUCAACUGCGAUCAGGUCAACAGGCUGUGGAAUGCCAUAGAAGAUGAGGGGACAGGAGAGGCCUAUGACAGGAUAGCGGCACUAGCAGAAUACAUGUUCUCAGAUCGACACCUAGAGACAGAAGGCAUUUUUGAUGACAUUGGCCCAGAUGAGGUGAUCAGCGAGAAUAUAGAUGUAUUGACUGAGAUACCACAGAAAUCACAAAAAUGUCAGAAAAGAUUGUUUCUGGAUAACCCUGAGCCUCAGUCAGACAGUUGGGAGGCCAAGCGCAGAAAGCCAGAGACAUCCCCAGCUAUUCCAUUGGUAACCAGCAAUUCAGUGACAGUGUCUUCCAGCAACAACUUAGUCCCAAAGGGCUCUCUGUCUCCUCCCCCAGGCCAGGUUGCCAAGCCCAGCCUGCUCUCCGUGGAAGAAACCGUCCUGGUGCCUACCAGUCCUGUUCUUGCCUGCCUGAACUUCAAUGGGGGACCCAUCCAAUUCAUCCCUACCCUCUCUACUCUGCCCCAAGGUGUCUUACACUUCACAGUGGAAAACGGGGUCUCCAACAUCUUCUUAUACCCAGCCUCAUCAGGGGGUGAUACCAUCAUACAGAGCCUCCCAGUAUCUCCUGACAGGCAUGGCUCCACCAGUCCAUUUGCUCCAUCGGCAGCAGAUAUGCCCAACAUGCCUGAGGCUUCAGCUCUAACCUCACAAGAUGGAAAAACAGAAUCUGUAGAACAGUUCUGUCGUGCUCUUCACAAGGCUUAUGCAGAUGUUCCAGAAGGUCCCAACAGCCAUUACAUUGAUCUAGACCUCACAAGAACCCAGGUGGAGAAAAACUGCAAGUAUCUGGAGAAGGAACUGGUGAUCCAGGACUGGACAGAGAGACAGAAGGCCCGUGUGGGAUGGAGAGAGGUGUUUGCCAGCACCAGAGGGCAGAAGAGGGAGACACGGGUGAUCGCAGUACUGGGCAAGGCUGGUCUGGGAAAAAGUGCCUGGACCCAGGAGGUCUGUAGGAACUGGGCCCAGGGCCAGUUUCCACAGUAUGAAUUUGUCUUUCACUACAAAUGCCGCAGCCUGAACUUGCCAGGGAAUGACUACUGUUUGAAGGAUCUGUUUUUCAGACUCUGUAAUCACCCACUGGAAGAGAAUGAAGAAGUCUUCAAAUACAUUUUGAAGCACCCAAAUCGCAUUCUGGUCAUUCUGGACUCCUUUGAGGACCUGGAGGGCCAAGACGGCUUUCUGAACUGUCCGGCCAGUCCCUCUCCUGGGGAGUCACGGUCCAUCAAAGGGCUACUGGCUGGCCUCUUCCAAAGGAAGCUCCUGAGGGGCUGUACGCUGCUGAUCACAGCCAGGCCAAAGGGAAGAUUUAGUCAGUACUUGGCCAAGGUAGACAGCCUCCUGGAGGUGCAAGGUUUCUCUCCUGAACAGGUGGAAUCUUUCUUUGACAAAUACUUCCAGAGUUCACCAUCAGACAGGGAUGAGGCCUUGAGGCUUGUCCGGGCCCAGCCCUACCUGCUCAGUCACUGCUACAGCCCUACUGUGUGCCUCUCCCUCUGCCAGCUUUGUGAGAAGAUCUUGGCCACAAAGGAUCCAGCCCAACUUCCCUCCACACUCACAGGCCUCUUUGUCAGCCUCCUCUGCUCAGUACUGAGAGCUAGGGAAAAGGAGCCAUCUGAAACCUGGCCUAGCACCUGCCUGGCAGGCUUGGCAGAGAUGGCAUGGAAACUAGGUCGGAGACAUUGCAAUGUCCUGAGAGAGGACCAGUUCCCCUCCACAGAAGUGAAGGAAUUUGCCAUUUUGGGGGAUUUUGUGUGGCCACUCCCAACAGCCAGGGAACCAGAGAUGGCCUUCUCUACCUUUCUCCUGCAGAACUUCCUGGGAGCUUUGAGGCUGGCACUUAGUGGGGAAGUAAGAGACAAAGACCUCCCCAGAUACCUAGCCCUGACCCCUAGAAAGAAGAAACCCUAUGACAACUGGCUGGAGAGGGUACCCCACUUCCUGACUGGGCUUCUCUUCCAACCCCUGUCCUCUUGCCUUGGACCCCUUGGUGGGAUUAAGCAGGUUGGGCUUGUAUGCAAGAGGCAGAAGGUACUCUUGAACUAUCUGACCCGACUACAGCCUGGGACACUGGGCCCUGGGAGGCUCCUUGAACUGUUGCAUUGUGCCCAUGAGGCAACUGACAGUCACCUAUGGCAGCAUGUAACAGCUGGACUACCCUCCUGCCUUUCCUUCUGGGGAGUACGCCUGACCCCACCAGAUGUGCAUGUUUUGGGUGAGGCCCUAAAAGCAGCUGGCAAAGACUUCUCCUUGGAUCUCAGGAACACUUCCAUCGACCUGCAUGGGCUAGGGAUCCUUGUUCAGCUUGGUUGUGUCACCUGCUUCAGGGCAUCUCUGAGUGACACAGUGUGGCUGUGGGAAUCCCUUCGGCAGAGUGGGGAAUAUGAACUAUUCCGAAGAUCCACUGAGAAGUUCACCAUUGAUCCUUUCAAGGUCAAGUCCAUGAAGGACGUGGAGGACCUUUGUAGCCUGGUGCAUAUCCAAGGCUCAGGAAAUGGUCCUACAGAGGCCUGUGAUCCUCUUCCUGCUGUCCGAGACCUGAAGAAGCUUGAGUUUGCGCUUGGCCCAGUGUUGGGUCCCCAGGGCUUUCCAAAAUUGGUUAAGAUACUUGCAGCUUUUUCAUCCCUUCAGCAUUUGGACCUGGACACCCUGAGUCAGAACAAGAUUGGAGAUGAAGGUGUAUCUCAGCUCUCUGCCAUCUUUCCAGAGCUAAAGGCUUUGGAAACCUUGAACUUGUCUCAGAAUAGCAUCACUGAUGUGGGAGCCAUGGAGUUGGCCAAGGCUCUGCCAUCGCUGGCAACAUCCCUUGUUACACUGAGCUUGUACAACAACUGCAUCUGUGAUACUGGAGCCGAGAACCUCGCUAGCGUGCUUCCCAACAUGGUGUCCCUGAGGGUGCUGGAUGUCCAGUACAACAAGUUCACAAGGGCAGGAGCCCAGAAGCUCACAACCAGUCUGAAGAAAUGUCCACAUAUUGAGACAUUGGCGAUGUGGAACCCCACCAUUCCUUAUGGGGUUCAGGAACAUCUGCAACAGCAGGACUCCCGGAUAAGCUUGCGGUAACACCGUAUUGACUGUUCAAAAAGGUCCUAAGUCCAGAAGCCUUUCUGGGAUUCUCAGGCUUCAUCCAUCCAUCAGGCCUUCAGCUCAGGGACCCAAACCUCUGCUAGAAGAGUCUAACUUGGCUGCCACCUUGGUUUGUAUCCAGACAUCUAAGACUGGUCAACAUUCCUCCUGAUCUCCUGCCAACAUAAGGCCUCUUGGCUUGGCAGAAGGCUGUUAGAUCCGCAUCAGGGUGAAGGUGAAACACAGCUCCUGACUCUGUGAUGUAUUCAUUUGGUCUGGAAGGUGGACUAAAGGUGGCAGCAUUUCCUCUCUCUCCCUUGGCUGCCCUCAGGAGGCAGAGGAGGGACAUGAGAGAAAGAGGCACUUCCAGCCUACUUCCAACCUCAAAUGCUAGAAGCCUAAGAGGAAACUGUGGAUUCCGGGUGUCUAAUUCUCAAAGAUGCAGAGACGCUGGUUGCACUGUGGUAAAUGCACUUUGGCUGUUGGACACGUCAUUUUGCACUGACUUUCCUAGCUGAAGAGUUGCAAGGCAGAGAACUGGAAGCUAAUGCUGCGAUAACCAAGAAACACUUAAGUAAUGAAACAUUAUAGGUAACAUUAGUAGUAGUUGCCUUGGGUAAAUGUUACACUAA